AUAGUUACUAUAAGACAGAUCGAUCCAUUAUUGAAUCCAAUCUGCUGGAUUCGUUCUCCUGUGCUGCCAUGCACCAGUCAGUCUCCGGUGCCAGUGCCAGUGCCAGUCUCACCCUGACCACCACUACCUCCUCCUCCUCCCCACUAUUCCAAUUCCCAUUCCCAUUCUUAUUUUUAUGGUCGUUGAUAAUUGAUAAAUAUCUAUACAUACCAUGGCCCCCGUGCCCGUGCCCAUGUCCGUGUCGUCCCUCCGCACUCGCGAUGAGCCUAGCAGUGUCGGCGGCGGCGGCGGCUGCCCCAGCACCAUCUCGGGUGGCGGCAUCGCGGGAAUCGUCCUCGGUACUAUCGCCGGCACUCUCCUGCUGCUGUGGCUGUUUCGACUCUGCACGAUGCCUCGGGAGGAAGGCGUUCUGACGACCCGAACUCAGCAUCGACGGCGACGGCGACGACGGAGCCCCGGGUUUUAUUAUGUGGAGAAGCCGAGGGGGGAGGUGAGGAGGCCGGCGAAGGUUUAUCUUAGUUGAAUGGAUUGAAUUGGUUGGGUCUGGGUUUGAGUUGGGGGACUGGGGAGAGGGAGAGGGAGAGAGAGAUGGAGGAAAGAUGGUCAGGUCAGGGAAUGAGGAUGGUCGGAUGGAUUGGAUUGGAUUGGAUUGGAUUGGAUUGUGUUGGAUUGUGUUGCUUUGCUUCCCUCGGAGUGGGAAAUAAUGGGUAAUGAUGGC